UGGUUUCUCUGCGUUAGUUCCGUCUUCUUUUCUUUUCCUUUUUUUCUUUGCAUGUGCUGAGAUUACAGCAGGUGUGUUAACCUGCUCCCUCCCUCCUUCCCCUCCCUUCCGCCCUCCUUCUCUCUCUCUCUCUUUCAUUCUCUGCCUCUCUCUCUCUGUGUGUCUGAUGAGGGUACGGCUAGGGCAAGCUUUUUGAAUGUAGUCUCUCUGUGCUCACCUCACGUUGGUAAACAGAGUCGUGUGCGGAUUACUGAGGAGCCAUGUGGAAUCAGUCAGACUACUCCAACCACUCGCCCAACCCUGGGCACCCUUUCUACCACACGCCAUGCAGCCAUAACCAGAGAACGUCGACGUACUGGCACCCCGUGACGGGACAGCUCUCGCCCGAGAACGCCGAGUUCCUGCUGCAGGAUCUCCCCCCAGUGACGGUGCGCAUGUCCGCUGUGCAGCCUCCCCAAACGGACCCCCACCCUCCCAGUGAGGUCACCGAAGCCCCCUCUGCCAUAACCGAGCCCCCUGUCUCUGGAAACCACACCUCCAAGAGCUUCAGAUCAUCUAGCCGUGUAUACAGCUUUGGUAAGCGGGAGCAGUCUAUCAAGAGGAAUCCAAACGUUCCUGUGGUGGUCCGGGGAUGGCUCUACAAACAGGAUAGCUCAGGCUUGCGUCUGUGGAAGAGGAAAUGGUUCGUGUUGGCUGAUUACUGCCUGUUUUAUUAUAAAGACAGCAGAGAGGAGUCGGUCCUGGGAAGCAUUCCUCUGCCCAGUUACAUCAUCUCUCCUGUUGAGCCAGAUGACCACAUCAGCCGCAAGUUUGCCUUCAAGGCCACUCACACGGGCAUGCGCUCCUUCAUCUACAGUAAAAGCGCUCUGAUUGGCUCGCAAACAGAACAUGGCGGCAUGAGAACGUACUUCUUCAGCGCAGACACACAAGAGGACAUGAACGGCUGGAUCCGAGCCAUGAACCAGGCCGCUCUCAUGCAGAACCAUCAGAACCACGGCGUUAGAGUGUCAGAGAAGCUUGAGAAGUCUGAGCGUCUGCUCACUGCAGAAGAGGGGGAGCCUGAACACAAGGCCGCUGAGCCACAAACCAAUCACAUCACUGUCAGACCUCUUAACCCCGGCCCUCUGGAACUGGAGGCUCCGCCCAAUGGCCCACUGAUAACAGACAAGGAGGAGAUGACCCAGGAAGUUGCCCUGGAAGCUCCCUCAUUGGAGGAUGCUGGGAAGGCCCCCUCAAGCAGGGUCACAGUCGAAGAGGAGGUGUUCUUUCCGGCCUCCGAUUCCCUGCCUCCAUCUCGUGCCUCAUCCAGAGGUCCGUCACGGGGACCCUCGUCUCGAGGUCCAUCUCGCCCCUCCUUCACGCUCUCGAAUGGCUCCCUCCCAGAGGUGAACGGCAUCGGGGGAGGAGUGGGGGAGGUGAGCAGAGGGCCGACCCCACAGGGGGAGAUUGGCAUGCAGGCGCAGAGGAGGAGCACGCUGGAGCAGGUGGAGCACUGGGUCAAAGUUCAGAAAGUGGAGCAGAGAGGGACUCUUCCGCGACGCCCAAAGUCCACCCAACCUGGCACCACAGCUGUCGAGGUUUACCACUCCAACCCACCUCAGUCGUACCCGACUAACCCCCCUCAACCCUACCCACCUAACGCCACACAGUCCUACCAGACCCUGCCAAAGACCCCACCCAGUCAGCGCCACCAACUGCCCAGCGACUACAAGUAUGCGCAGGACCGCCUCAGUCACUUCCGGCUGACGCACGGCCAUCCCCCAGUAGCGGGUAAGGACGACACUGUGUGGCGGCUCUAUGAGUGGCAGCAGCGCCAGCGGUACAGACACGCCAGUCCCACUGCCCCGCUCUACAACCCCAGCCCAGAGUACCCCGGCCCACGACUGGGCUACCAUAUGACCCAAAACAAGGGCAAACCACGGUCCAUCCCUGUGCCCCCAUCGCUGGCUGACAUCCCCCCUCCUGGGCCACCUCGAACAAGACAGCCAUCGCCGCGGCGACCGCACACCCCUGCUGACCGCGUCACCAUCCGGCCACAUGACCAGAGACCCGUGGUGGAGGUGCCACCCUCCGCAUCACCACGGAGACAGUACACACAAAAGUCAGCCACUGUUGACAGACGCUCCAUGCCUCCGUCAGGUUACAUAACCCACACAGUCAGCGCGCCGAGCCUCUACGGGAAAACGGUGGAUGACACAUACGUGCAGCUGAAGAAAGACCUGGAGUACCUGGACCUAAAGGUGAUUGCCCCUGACUCACUGAAGGGGCUGAUGGGGAAGCCAGUGAGGGUUGCCGAGAGCGAUGUGGACGUUCAACUGAGUAGACUGUGUGAGCAAGACAAAAUCCUCCAGGAGCUGCAAGCAAAGAUCAGUGCCCUCAUACAGGACAAGGACAAGCUGGAGUCUGUGCUAGACGUGUCCCAUCAGCAGAUGGAGCAGUACCAAGACCAGCCGGCCCACGCCGAGAAGAUCGCCUGCCAGCAGAAACUACUGCAGGAGGACGUGGUGCACAUCCGUGCCGCGGUCUCCUGGGUCUCCACGGAGAUGGAACGCUCUUGGAUGGAGUACUGUAGGCAGGAGCAAUGUGUUCUGCAGCUAAGAGAAGCACUUCAGGGGCAGAUGGAGCUCUGUACUGACUCACAGGAGAGAGGUCAAAUGAAGAGAGAGUUGUGGAGGGUGGAAGAUGUCAUGGCAGGUUUAAGUACCAACAAAGCCAACUAUAAAAUCACCAUCAACUCAGUGCAGAACCCAGAGCGGAGACUUGCCCCAUCUGUGCCUGAGUCUAUCGUGCCUUCUCGCUGUGUGACCCCUUCUCUUGGAGAGAGGUCAUCUAGGAGCAGCCCCCUCCUCACAGAGAACCCCCCUAUCCAAUGGCAACCGCCCCCAACACACACAUCAGUGCCAACAUGGGCAGAGGAUCCAGCCCCUCCCAGACCCCCUCUGCCCCUCCUCUACGACUGCGAGGACAUGCCGCCGGCUGUGCCCCCACUCCCCAAGGAGGCGGCCGUCAUCCGACACAUGUCCGUCCGCGGCCUCAAGCGCCAGUCAGACGGGAGGAGACGCGACCGUGAGGGCAACUACCCCUUAGAGAGCAAGGUGGAGUUGAGGACGUACCUGAGCGAACCCGAGCUGGCUGGAAGUGGCCAGGGGCACGAGGGUGGCUACCACACGCUGCCAAACAAAGGCCUCUCUGGUUCGUCCUCCAGGAUAAACCAAACAAGCCAUUUGUCCUCGUUUGUCACAAUGAGGAAAGGCAGUCACUUCAGAGGAGGUUUACAGGAGAGACCAAAGAGUGCCUUGGAGAGGCUGUACAGCACAGACUCCCAGCAGGCCGAGCAGUCUCAACCCCGUGUGCGAAUGACCGCCGAGGAGCAGCUGGAGCGAAUGAAACGGCAUCAGAAGGCGCUAGUGCGGGAGCGCAAACGCAACCUCAGCCAGGGCGAGCGCCUCUCCAGCGUUUCCACUUCCACCUCCCGCCCCCUGACCUCUGACCCCGCAUCACAAAGUAAGGAGCAGGAUUUGGAUUCACAGCUGAUGGAACGCACAGUACCAAGGGAGGAGCAACAAACUGCAGAAGGGAGGGGCAGUGAAAGCCUGAAUGGGCCCAGCCAAUCAGAACAAGUGAGCAGUGAUGGGGAGUGGCUUACAGCACUGGCUGUGCCAAUGAGAGAGCAGGACCUCGAACCUGUGGACUUUGAGUUUGACAUCAGCAGAGAGUUGGCUACUCCACCGAAGGUGCCAAUCCCCAGACGCUAUGUUGAGCUGGAGCUCGAGGAGAUCCUGAGUUCUGAGGAGAUAGAGGCCCGCCACCUUAAAACAGAGAAGAUCAAAAACCUACUCGCCAAGUCAAGUGGUCAGAACAUGGCGUCCUCCCUCAACGUGGACACAACAGAGCUGGACUACACCCUGCAGCAGAGGGAGAGGAUUGUGGGUAUUCCGCGUGCGUUGGCAUCUGAAGCAUCGAUGAAGAUCAAGCAGGCAGCAGCAGCCCGGGCCUCCCUUGGACAAUGAGCUGUAUGGAAUGGCAUCCCCUCCUGGAUUCAGUUUUUUGAUUUACACAUAUAUGCAACAAAUAUGUAAAAAUGUCUCCUAUUUAUGACCCACAAAUGCUUUUCAUUAGACUACAAUGUUUUGUAAAUUAAUCCUAAUCUGUUUGAGCCAAAUACACCUGCUUUGCCUUUUUUUAACACUGCAUAAUAUUGGUUUGUUUUGCACUUGUACCUGUACAUGUUUGACAUCUCCAACAAAACCAAACACUCCACUCAAGAAGAUUUGAAUCCGACUUUGCAACUUAAAAGGUCUUCAUAGUUUUAAAAAUUACAUAUUUCUCUGGAGAGCUGAUGUAACGAAUUGAGGGUUUUUGCUCAUAGAAUCGGUGUGGAAGCAAUGGAGAAAAACGAAUUAUACCUUUUUAUACACUCUGAGUAUGGUUGACUCUGACAAAAAAUAUGCACUGUGUGUAUUGCAGUUUGGUCAAAUUCUGAGUAUUUUUAAUUAUGCUGCUAAAUGAGAUUUUGUUUUAAAAGUUUGAAAAAAAGUCACAUGAAUUAAAUGCUAAUAUUUAAAGGUU